CGAGAGCGUUUGUGUUUAAUGCGUGUGAUUGCUUUACAUGUGCCCAUGCUGGACAGCCUGGAUUAUAACAUGGCAUUGGCUUUUGCAGGAUGGAAUCAUUAAUAUUCAAAGGUACUGGGUGACAGAGAAUGAGAGGAAGAUGUACCCAAAAAGUUUGCAUUUGCAAUUCCAUGGAAGGGAGAUACAUUCAUUAUGCUUUAUUCAGCCAUCUUGUAGUCCAAAUGGAAAGGGGUGUUACUCUUUUGAGUCUAGCUGGAUUGCAACAGGUUGUGAAGAUGGAACUGUGCGAUUGACAAGGUAUGAACCAGAAACUGAGAGUUGGUCAGUUUCCAUGCUGCUUGGAGAACAAGUUGGUGGAUCAGCUGUGAGAUCAUUAUGCACCCUUUCAAAAAUUCAUAGAAUAUUGCUGAAGGCAACUGAUGUGUCUGAAAGUGUUCACAGACAAAUGGGAAACUCAGAAGACCAGGACAAUCUUGUGUUACUGGUAUCAGUAGGUGCAAAAAGAGUAAUGACUGCAUGGAAACAAAAACCUAGAUCAAUAUAUGAAACAAUAGAAUCCCAAUGCUGUGAACAUGAUAACAAAGGUGGAGACACCUCUCGUGGUUCCCCAUCAUCAAAACAUUUUUCUCUCCUUUCAUUCCAGUGGCUUUCUAGUGAUAUGCCUGCCAGAAAAAACAACUGCUUGCGUGAAAAUACUAAGAAUAUAAUUGAAGCUGCCGAAAAUGACACACCACUUUCAUCGGAAGACAGGAAGAUGGAAUCAAAACUUGAUAGAUGUGAAAAUGAUUGGAGAUAUCUUGCAGUUACUGCAUUCCUUGCUAAAGGAUCAGGCUCAAAGGCAACAGUGUGCUUCAUAGUUGUUGCCUGUUCAGAUGCAACACUUUCAUUACGGGCUCUGAUAUUACCCCAUCGACUUUGGUUUGAUGUUGCUCUGUUGACUCCCUUAUCAUCUCCAGUUCUAGCUUUGCAGCAUGUCAUAGUUCCCAAACAUUUAUUAUCUGAAGACAUCAUUCAAAUGGGAAAUCUGUAUAUUGUAAUCAGUGGAUCUACAGAUGGAAGUAUUGCACUUUGGGAUCUCACCGAGCAUGUCGAAAGCUUUAUGCAACUAUUGCCUAGUCUUGAAAUGGUAGAAAGUAUAGACGACCAGAAAAGACCCCGCACAGGCAGAGGAAGUCAAGGUGGACGAUGGUGGCGAUCACUUGGCAGUCACGUCUCCAAGAAAAAAAGUGCAUGUGGUAAUGAUGAUGCACCAUCAGUCUAUAUGAAAGAGAAGAAAAGGAACGUCUCGUCCCUGGAUAUCUAUGAAAUGGGACCCCUGCAUGUCUUUAACAAUACGCACCAGUCAGGGGUAAACUGUCUUCAUGUUUCAAAUGUCACCAUGCUUACGGCUUCUGAUUCAGUGUUUAGGUUCUGUGUUGUAAGUGGAGGUGAUGAUCAGUCACUUAGCUGUCUUUCAUUUGAUUUCACUUCUAUCGAAAAUUUGGAACUUUCAACUUUGGAACAUAUCGUUUCUUUUCAACUUCAAAGCUAUCAAAUGAGGCUUGUAUUGGUGGAUAAGAUCCCUUCAGCUCACUCGUCUGCUGUUAAAGGUGUUUGGACAGAUGGUAGAUGGGCAUUUUCAACGGGUCUUGAUCAACGCGUCAGAUGUUGGAAAAUGGAACAAGGGAAACUAAUAGAGUGCGCUCAUCUUGUGAUUAGCGUGCCCGAGCCAGAGGCAUUGGAUGUUAGACCUCUUGACAGGAACCGUUAUCAGAUUGCAGUUGCAGGCAGAGGCAUGCAAAUGGUUGAAUUCUUUGCGCUCGGCCGCACUCAAUAAUACUCCGUAAUAUGCAUCUUCUCCAACUCUUUGGGUUCAACCGUUCAACUAGGUCGGCUCAGUCGACCCUGCCCCUCCGGCAGGACCUUGUACUUGGUCACUAGAUCAUUUGUUUACAGAUCGAAUGUUAGUCUGUCAUCUACUACAAUAGUUACAGUAAUAUUCUCAUUUUACAGGUCUUUUGUUUAAUAUAGUCAUUUUACAAAU